AUGUUCGGUCUCUUCACCGGCUCCAUCUCCGACCCAGAGCUGACUGAACGAAGAGGACUGCUGGAUUUACUGGAGCCAGGAGAUGGCUGCAUGGCAGACAAGGGUUUCACCAUCGAGAAGCCACUAGCUGAUCGUGGGGCAACGUUGAUUAUACCACCCUUCAAGAUGACAGGAUUGAAGAGUUUAGUUUUGGUGAAAACAUACACAUUUCACAAGAAUUCCCCGGAUUUGAGAUCCUCGGACACCAAAAAUGUCAGGCGGACCCUUGAGCAGGUCUUUGACCGGGUGGUCCUGGUGGACGUUCUGGACAGCCGGGCCCGGGCCCACCUCUCCUGGCUGGGCCGUCCCGAGCUGGGAGUGACCUUCACUAAGCUCCACGCCUGGACCCUCACCCGCUACCACAAGUGUGUGUUCCUGGACGCAGACACCCUGGUGCUGCAGAACGUGGACGAGCUCUUCCAGAGAGAGGAGCUGUCGGCGGCGCCUGACCCCGGCUGGCCUGACUGCUUCAACACGGGGGUGUUCGUGUUCCGGCCCUCCCUGGAGACCCACGCCCGCCUGCUGGACCAAGUCCGGCGGCACGGCAGCUUCGAUGGGGGGGACCAGGGUCUUCUUAACUCGGUGUUCAGCGACUGGGCCGUGAAGGACAUCAACAGACGCCUGCCCUUCCUCUACAACCUGAGCAUCAGCUCAGUCUACACCUACCUCCCCGCCUUCCAGAGGUAUGGCCAUAACGCCAGGAUCAUCCAUUUCCUGGGGGCCUUCAAGCCGUGGCAUUCCGGCCAGGGGAGUGAGGGCCCGGGGAGUGAGGGCCCGGGGGCCACCGGCAGGGAUGAGUUUGUCACCCUCUGGUGGAGAGAAUACCUACAGCAGGCGGCGCCCGUUAAGCACAGCACACUCUCCAGGAGCAUGCAUGCCAUGAUGGUUUUACUACGGGUGAUCUCGAUGGUAGUCCCGGAUGAGCGAGGCAUCCAGAAUACGACUCCGGGGAACCCAGGAGCGCUCCUCAGGACCAUACCCCUCCCAGUCGACGAGGUACUGGUGGCCCCGGCCGCGGCGCCGCACAUCCAGGAGGCGACGAACCGUCCACGCUGGGUGGUUGUCAAUGAUCCUAGCCUUACAGAACGCCCGCUAGACUUGGGAGGUGAACUGGGGAACACGUGCCUGACCAGGAGGUCGGCGGUCUCCCUUGAGGAGGGAAGCUUUGGGAUUGCGAUGAAGUGUGCGGCCUUUGAAAAACGGUCGAUCACGGUUAGGAUGGUGGUGUUCCCCUCGGACGUGGACUGUAUAUUCCGAAAUAAACAAGCGGCGUCCAUGGUGGACAACCAGAAUCGCCGACCGAGAAAGUCCAAGGUGCGGGUGAUACCUGGGUGGCAGGUGAGCCGGGAGGAAUGCGCCAAGGCCAGUACCCUGGACCGUGCAGAGUCUGGGUUGAACAAUCGGUUAGGGGGACCGGUUAAGGAGUCUAGCUGCUGCCCCUGCGCAAGACGUACCGCGGACUCCACCUCCCAGGUGAGAGUGGCGAUCAGACAAGUCCUCGGGGGAGUACAGGCGAGACAGGGCAUCCGGCUUGACGUUCUGGGAGCUGGGACGAACUCCAACUCUGUUUCUCCUGAACUCAGGACGAGAGCCCCUGAAAUUCCAUCUGGAGCAAAGUUCAGCCCCUCAAGCUCUGCCCCAAUCCACCAACAGUCAAGUCCAGAGGAGGAGAUGGGGAAGCCGUCAGACACAGUGAUGGAGGAGGAGGUCACAGAGAAGUUUUCCAGGACAGUGGCUGUGACCGAGGCCACGACGGAGGCCGAGACGGAGGCUGGAACCGAGACAAAGGCUGAAGCGAUGGCCGAAACUGAGGCUAAAAUGGAGAUAGCGAUGGACGCUACAAUGAAGGCCGAGACAGGGGCUAAGAAAGAGGCUGCGACAGAGGCUAAGACGGAGGCCGAAGCGAAGGCUCCAACGGAGGCGGAGGCCGUGGCAGCGGCCCCGCAGCAGGAGCAACGGCAGCAGUGGGAGGCCGGCCGCCCAGACUACCUCGGCCAGGACGCCUUCCACAAAAUCCAGUGGAAGCUGGACCGCUUCCUGCAGUAAAGUCGGACGACCACAAGGGGGAGACAAACCCAGCAGACCGUACCGGCAGAACACAGAUCCGUACUAACAAAACUCAACGGCCAACUUUUAAACUGGACGGGGAUUGCAGUCUCCCUCUGGUUCUCUCCUGAACCUUCUCCAGCUUUUGCUGGACAAUGUUGACAACUUUGUCCUGUCGCUCGAUGUCCAUUGCAACCUCCUCUUCAUUGAACUGCUCCUCAAAGGACCCAUCGACCUGUAAAAAACCAAAUUGGUUAUUUAAUUUGAUUACAGUUCAUAACUAACGUCAUUCAAUAAUUGUUCAAAACUGUUUUUUGAAGAACAAGAGAAUAUAUAUAAACAUUCCAACUAACCUCAUAGUUUUCCUGCACCUGAGAUGGAUACCUUGCUUCCCUCCCAAACAUCAGGAAAAAUGGAGAGAAGCGGAUUGUGAGCUGCCUUUUGGUGCACAAACCAAACAUGACAGCAUCCAGGUAUCCAUCCCAUAUGUUGGGUUUUUCUCUUGCGAGCUUCCCCAGAGCUCUAGACAGUUUAAAAAAGUUUAAUGUUACCCUUUUAUUUGAGUAUGUUAAAUGCUGUUUCUUCGAUUUAUAACAAGGUAAUUUUAUCAAUUGAUCUAGUUAUAAAAUGCAUCUUUUAACCUCUGUAUAGUGCCAUUUAAUCUCUCCACCAACCCAUUCGUCUGGGGGUGGUAUGGGGAACAGAGACUCCUUAUCCCCAAAAUUUGGCACACCUCGGUGUUGAUCUGUAUGACUGGUGCAGAGAACAAAUUAACCCCAUUGUAACAUUGAAUAAAUAAAACAUAAUAAUUUGAAAGGUCAAAUGUUUGCUAAAAUAGCGAUAAAAAGACAUACUUGGUUGACAAAUUCUCUUCCUUGGUCAGUGAGUAUUCUCUGUGGCACCUCAAAUUGAUAGACAAAUUUCAGAAUGCACUUUGUGACAUUGGCGGCAGAUUUGGAUUUGAUGGCAUAGGCCUGUGGCUGUGACUAUCGUGUAAAGUAGUUUACCAUUACACAAAUGUACUGAUUUCCCUGAUCAGUUAUC